AUGGCCUGUAAGUUCUGUGGCCCGAAACUAUCGCUUUGUGGAUUAAUUUUAAGUGUGUGGGGAAUAAUCCAGUUGACAUUGAUGGGCGUCUUCUACUAUAUAGAAGCUGUAGCUCUUUUAGAAGAUUUACCCCUCGAGGAGGAAGGCGGCCACCAUACAAUCGAAGGAUUUAUUCAUAAAGUUGAAGUAGGGUAUAGUCAGAAUGCUUACAACUGCUGGAUUGCUGCCCUCCUGUAUGUCAUCACACUAGUUAUUUCUGGUCAUCAGUUCUGGAUGAAUAAUCGCUCUUCAGUUAGCAUGUAA